AUGCCAGCACGAACAGAUAGCGGUUGUAAGAAUUCCAUCGAGAAUCUGGAGCGCAAGAAAGAGCAGAUAAAGAAGAGGAAGCCAUUUCAGGGCUACAAAACUGCUGUCGGACCUGGAGAGGCAGCAAGAGCAAAGGCGUCUCCUUUAAAGAAUGUAGUACAGCCUCAAGCAUACGAGCCUGUGAAUCCUCCUUCUACGGUCCUAUGGCAGCAGACACCAAGAACGAACACCAGAUCGCAUUCACCUCUCCCACCAGAAGAACUUGGUUCACCACCACCACCUGCCCCUCCACCGCAUCGUUCUGGUGUAAUGAAUGGGCAUAUCUCUAGAGCUGUCUCCCCAGCUCCGUCUCCAUACGAGAUGAAUCAGAGCUAUCCUACAAUGUCGAGAACUCCUUCACCCAAUAUCGCAUCCUUCCAAGGUCAUACUCCUCCCAUGAUCAGAGAUGCAAUGGAGGAUGUUAUGUCUUCUUUGGAGGGAAUGAGUGUUCAGCACGAGGCUAUGGAACGACAAAUCUCAAAUCCUUGGUCGCCCGAAGCAUUUGAUGAUUUCAGACAAGCCCAACCCCGACCAGGUCUGCGUCCUUUGACCUCUUUGGGUCUCGCCGCAGGGAGCAGUACAUAUUCUGAAGAGGCGAGGGAAAAAUACAGCAGUAGGCACAACAGUCCUGAUAGGUAUGUCGAUGGUCCACCACAUCUAGAAACAUAUGUACAGCGAAUGGAGCGGCAAUUAGAAGAAAGAGCGAGACACAGAGAAGCCUCCUUGGACCCCGACGAUCGACCUCCGCCACCACCACCAAAGCAAAACCCUUGGAACGCAGCUACAGUGGGUCGAAGAUUAUCUUUGCGAAGACCUAAAUCUACCUACGAUCUGACAAGCGGCCUCGAUCGGACAUAUACCACAAAGACUAAUUCUACAAACUCGAGCAGUGGUGUGGGUAGUCUUGCCUCAUAUCCAUCGAACGCGAGCAGUAAGACUAGUCAAAGCAUAUUCAGUGGGUAUUCUGCUGGUGGCUUCAGUGCAACAAGCGCUGGCAGUCUUGCGCGGAAAAGAAAUGGCUUCAAUGAUUACGAACCAGCAGCUAUCACUGCUAGGCCGACAACAAGCAAUGGGAUACGAUCAGAAAGACCGAAGACACCAAAUACAGGAUAUUCGUACCACCAGAGUCACGAUCCCAGGGCAGGUGCAAGAUCUGCUGUAGGCUUCGAGGAUCGGCCUGUAUCGUCUGCAGGUAGCAUCGCGUUUAGCACACCAAAGGCCAAGAAGACAGGUCUGUUCAAAAAGCUGAACGAGACAGUGAAAACCAGCUUUGCCAGUGCAAGAAGCACCAUUGCUCCGAAUGGCGGCGAUAGCACAGCUAGCUCGCCAACCAAACAUUCCUACAACAAUGGUGUGACCAGUAUAGCUGGUGGCAUGCAUUCACCAACCAAAGGUGACAGGCACAAGAGCGCGACCUCGUCUGGAUAUUAUGGAAGUGAUGCAGCUCGAGAGAUGGGCAUGGAUAUGGGUGCUGGUGCAGAUUGGUUAAGGACGAGAAGAGACGUGAAUAGAUCAAACACGCCUGGACCUUCUGAACGGCAAGAGCGAGCAGAGAGAUGUCAGAUGCUUAAUGAGCCUGUCAUAUGUCCUGUCGAUGAGCUUUACGAGACCGUUCAGGGAGACGAGGACGUCGAUGGUGGACCAGUCUACCAUCCAUUUGCACUAAGUAAUCCAAGUUUCACGCAGGUCGACAAAGCAGCAAGGUUCGUCACUUCUCUACCGAGCAGUAUCACUGCUGCGUCUUUGGCUACGGGAUAUGUAUGUCGGCCAUACAGGACUGACGCUCAACGUGUUCGAGCUAUCUUCAUAUGGUGCGCCGAAAGAUUAACCUGGUCCGCAGACAUCGAAGGUCCUUUCGGUGCUCGAGAACAGAUGGUCGACACUCGACGAGUAAUAUUACAGAAGUCAGGUAGCAGUCGAGAAGUUGCUGCAGUGGUCAUGGAAAUGUGUCGUGCUGUAGGUCUACCUUCAGAAACGAUUCACGGCUAUCUGAAGCGACCUGGCGAAUCGCUGGAUAUUGACGCUGCAACUCCGAGCAAAUGCAACCACUACUGGAAUUCAGUCCUCAUUGAUGGUGAAUGGCGGCUCCUAGAUUCAAGCCUAGCAAGUCCCACUAAUCCUCAACGUUCUCUUUACUCGAACAUCAGUCAAACUAUCGCCGAGCCGUUCUAUUUCCUUGCCAAACCAUCAGAACUUUGCUGGACCCACGUACCUCUUGAGCCAACUGCAUGUCCCCCAUUCUUCCGUCUCGGUAUCAUGGUACAUGCCUACGACACCUCACUUACCCACAUGGAAGGUCUAGAAAUGUCAACAAUCACAGUCAAUACUCCCGUCGACACCGAGGUCUUCGCCGAAGUUGAAGCCCAAGCAUACGCACGCGACAAUGAAGGUGAUCUCUACGAAGACCCCGACACCAUCACUCGUGUUCGUGCCCUCUCCCAACCAACGUGGUACCGCACCUCCUCCAACCCAGACGUCUUCCAAAAACGAUACAUCAUCAAAGCCCUCCUUCCAGGCGACGAACAAUCCGGCACCCUCAAAAUCUACGCCGGCAAAAAAGGCCUAAUGCACAGCGCCAAAGAAAUCGUGCACCCCCUCGCCUUUGCCCUACCACUACACCACCAAGGCGAAAACCCAGCCUACGAAUUCGUCCGACGACACCCUACACCACACGCUACCCGACAAGACAUUUACGUCAUCCAACCGCAAUGCUAUCGUCUCGACCGCGGUGAGAAAUAUGUCUUCUACGUCCGCCAGCACCCCGCCACCGUAAACGGUACACCCACCAGUGAACGUGACGGCUUCGACUUCCCUCGCCCAACAUCCCCCAACCCCCUCAUCCGCCCCUCCAGCGCAAUGAGCAUGACAAGCAGUGCCGCAGGCAGUGGUUCCACCCAAGGCUCAGACUACAGCAACCCCUCCCUCCUCCCCAACGGCGUCAAAAUCAAAGAAAAAUACGCAAAACUAAGUCUCCAGGCCCCUUCAGGACGCAUCAUACGCUUUACACGGAGCGAAGGGUGUCCGCAGAAUAAAGCUGCGCAAGAGGUUGAUGGGGUUGUGGUGGGGAGUGUGUGGGAGUGUCAUUUGAAGGUCACGGAGAGGGGAGUGUGGAGGGGGUUGGUGCUGGCGGAUCGGAGUGCGAGGUGGUGUGUUUGGGGGGAGUGGGAGUGUUCGUGA